AUGAGAUCGUCACUGGCCCUUUGGGCAUUCAUAAGCUUUGUCUCUGUUGCACUUGCCGAGCAAAACAAUUGGUCAUGGAAUCAACAAGAAGGCAACCAACCGCUUAACACUGAUGAAACCAUGCAAAACUUUGCGUUUGACUUACAGCCUGCGGCCUCAGAAAAUGUCCAACAAAAUGCUACCGAUGUCGAUAAGGUUGUAGAUGAAAUUAUUGGGUCGCAAAGGCAAGGCAGAGCGCUAGAAGGUUACGAUGAGGUCUACACUGAUCCAAGUGUACAAGAAGCUCUACAAAAAGGUGACGAAGGCGAAGCUAGGAACGUUAUCAAAGAUAGAUUGUGUUAUUUGGGAUUAAUGCAGUGCGAUGAAGAGAUCGAAGGUAAACGCCCCUACAUCUCUCCAGAAGAACUCAUGUACGCCCAGCCUGUAGCAAUCAAUCCAGUAGGUCGUCCCAUUGCAACCAUUCCGAUAAAAGGAAAUCGUGCAAUCUAUGGUCCACCCAGACCCCAUGGUAGCAAAUUCGGUCCACCACCACAAGGUGGAAAAUACCCGUCUUACCAGCCCAACAAACCCCCGAGAAGAAAUUAUGGGCCUAGUUUUGGAAGUAGUAACACUUUAGGAGGAAGCAACGCUUUUGGAAGCAGUAACUCUUUUGGAAGUAGUAGCACUUUCGGAAGUAGUAGUACUUUCGGAGGUAGUAAUACUCUGGGUGGACUGAAACCUCCACAACCUCCUCAUUACGGAGGCGGCAAGCCGCCAUUCUUAUCUGGAGGUGAAAUUCUUGCCGAAGGCGAAUUCCUAGACAAACCGCCAACUGCUGAAUACUUUAACAAAGUACCUGAUUCUCCCUACCAAUUUGAAUCUCACAAUGGCUACCAGAAAGACAAAAGAGUUGAAAUCACUGUUAACGCUCAAGGAGGUCUUGCUACAGCCACUGCUUCUAGUCCCAAUAAAGGAAGCGUAGAACAUGUCCACCAUCACUAUCACCACAAUGCUGACGGAGCAAAUAAAGCCCCUACUGUUGUGGUGAAUCCAAUUCCACUUGCUGCUGCUGCAGUGACUUCUUUGGGCGGAUCUUCUUACAACCAAUUAAGUCAAUCAUCCAGCAAUGUUUUCGGAAAUACCAAUGGAUUUAUUCCAGGCACUGGUCAUUUACCACUCGGACCAACUAUUGGAGGCCUUACAAGUGCCUCUUAUGGAGGCCAAACAUUAGCUAACUAUGGAUCAUCUGGUAGCUUUGGUGCUGUCAAGCCUGUACAAGAAAACUUUGGACCUCAAACUUUUGAUUCCGCUUCAUCUGGAUUAGGGAGCUUUGGAUCAUCUAACAAUAAUUUCGGAUCAUCAGCUGGUUACUAUGGAUCCAAUAGCCUUUACAAAAAAGAAUUGAACGUAGAUUCAGUCAAUAACAACUAUUUGGGAUCAAAUUAUGCUGAAAAAUAUCAAGGCGUUGAAUCUGCAAGAGCUGAAAACUACGAUUGCGUGUGUGUACCUUACGAUCAAUGCCCUACUCAUGACGUUUUAGGACGCAAAGACGAUUUAUUCUUGGCUAUUGAUCCGAGAAACUUAAAAAGCGAUAUUGAGGCUGAAAUUGAAAGCAACACAACUGAAACUAGGGUUAUCACUGAUGGAAAUGGUACAAUGAGUGUAGUUAGGGUUCCUAAACAUGCCAAUGCUACAGAAGAAUCUAAAAAGAUUUCAAAAAGAGAAGCGCCAGUUGAAGACAAGAAAAAUGAAGAUGGAGAUCAUAAAAUUGAAGGACGUCAAGCUUACUAUGGCAGACCUCAAACUUGUGGACCUCGUCACGUUUGCUGUCGUAGACCAAAUAGACCUCAAGUACCAACUGUAGCCAGAAAUACUUGUGGUACCAGACACUCUCAAGGUAUCAACGGACGUAUAAAGAACCCCGUAUAUGUAGAUGGUGAUUCUGAAUUUGGUGAAUAUCCUUGGCAAGUGGCCAUUUUGAAGAAAGACCCUAAGGAAAGCGUUUAUGUUUGCGGUGGUACCUUGAUUGAUCCUUUACAUAUAAUUACUGCUGCUCAUUGUGUCAAACAGUAUACAAAUUAUGAUCUCAGAGUACGUUUAGGCGAAUGGGAUGUUAAUCAUGACGUAGAAUUCUAUCCAUACAUCGAACGCGACGUUUCCGCUGUUACAGUCCAUCCGGAAUUCUACGCUGGAACAUUGGCAAACGACAUUGCCAUCCUAAGAAUAAACACUCCCGUUGAAUUUGCGAAAUAUCCUCACAUUUCACCAGCAUGCCUACCCCAUCCGCAAGACGACUACAGUGGUUCCAGAUGUUGGACUACAGGAUGGGGCAAAGACGCUUUCGGAGAUUUUGGAAAGUACCAAAAUAUCCUCAAGGAAGUCGACGUGCCGGUUAUCAAUUACGGACAAUGCCAGAGGCAAUUGCAAAACACCCGAUUAGGAUACGAAUUUAAACUUCAUCCAGGAAUGGUGUGUGCCGGAGGUGAGGAGGGCAAAGACGCUUGCAAAGGUGACGGCGGUGGCCCUAUGGUGUGCGAAAGAGGCGGUACCUGGCAAUUAGUGGGAGUGGUGAGCUGGGGAAUAGGGUGCGGUCAAGUGGGUGUGCCCGGAGUAUACGUCAAAGUCGCUCAUUAUUUGGAUUGGAUAAGGCAAAUCACACAAAGAUAUUGAAUUAAUGUGAUAAUAUAGUUAUUUAUUUUGUUAGUUAUUAAUUUAUUUGCUAAUAAUACGCUGUAAAUAUUUAUAUAAGCUUUUUGUUUAAGUUAUUGUUUUUUGUAUUUUCAAUCAAAAAAAUAAAAUCCUCAUUAAAAAUUGUAUGUAUAAUUUUAUUUCAUCACAAACAAUAAAUAAGUAACUUUAGGGAAACGAUAAUAACUGUCCACAGCCCUAAAGGCUUUCAAUACUCAAAUACCAAAAAAAAUACUUACAAGUUUAGACAAACUUUGCUCCAUGAUGUUGUGACACAACUUCUUUCAUGCCAAAAUACCAUCUACCGAUUUUAGUUCUUUCCAAUAAGUCUUUGAAAGUUGUACAUCCUUCUAUGCUGUUCAGUAUUCCAUACACAGCCAAAUCUGCCAAAUUCGGAUCUUUUCCUCCUAGGAAUGGGGUGCCUUUUUUGUUGACUUCUCUUACCCAACUUGUACAUUCAUCAUAAAGACUUUGUCUGACGUCCUCUUUUAAAUUGUGGCGUUUUUUAAGUCUUUUGCCUAUAAGGUACAUGGCUGAGGCUCCUACGUAUAUUAUAAGAUUUCUUUCCCAGGUGGGAAAAUUAGCUUCCCAUUCACCAACUUCAGAAAACCAAUUGAAAGCUUGCAGUGCCUCUUCUCUGGUCCUAUAAACGUUUGGAGAAAGGGUGUGGACCAGGACACUGUCUGCCCAUUGUCUCCAUUUUCUUUCUUCAUUUAAAAUUUUGUCAUCUUGUUCAUUGUAUUGCCUAUUACUGAACAUUAGGAAAUACUUAUUCAUUAUUUCAUUUUUCUUUGAGCCGUCGUCAUCAUAAAAGGUUAUAAAAGGAAAACAUUUUACAAUAUCAGGUAAGGACUUAUCUGAGUCCUUUAAAUAAGUUGCUAGAGCUGAUAUUAUCAUGGUACUAUCAUUGAGA